AUGUCGUUUACAUUGAGUAUUCGGCAAGGCCCUGCGCGCCUCGCGCAGCGUCUGCCGGAGCUCACGAAAGCCAGCAGCAGCUCCAUCCUCCGCGCUGCCGCCCCCGCCCGCAGCUUCCACCAGGUGGCGGCCAAGAAGCAGCCCACGACGGCGUCUCGCAUCGUGACGACGACGACCCGAAGCGCCUUUUUCCGCCAAAACGGCUUGCGAUUUUACAGCCAGAAUGGCGGCCCACGCAGCGGCUACGAGCAGGCGGCCACGUCUGGCGUCAGCAGCGGCACCCGCAAGCUGCUGGUCGGCGGCGCCAUCUUUGGCGGUACGCUCAUGGCCAUCAACAUUGUCUUCAACCGCGAGACACGCGAUGAUGGCGGCAUGCCCGUAUACGAGCGCGAGUACCUCAACAACACAUUCCUGCAUACGGGUCUGGGUGUCGGCAUCAUCGCCCUGACGGCCCGCCAGAUGGUCCAGUCGGGCUUCGUGUACCGCAUCAUGACGACGAACCCAUGGGUGGUUGGUCUUGGUGGUCUGGCCCUGAGUUUUGCCACCAUGAUUGGCACUCGCUCCAUUAGCCCCGACAACUAUGUUCCCAAGUACGCCCUGUGGACCGCCUUCAACGCCACUCAGGCCGCCUUUAUCGCCCCGAUGCUCGCAUUUGUCCCCGGUGCCCUCCUCGCCCGCGCCGGCCUCUACACCGUCGCCAUGAUGGGCUCCCUGGCCGUCGUUGGCGCCACCGCCAAGCAGGAGAAGUACCUGUACAUUGGUGGUCCCCUGCUGGCCGGCGCCGCCAUUGUCGCCGCCUCUGGCUUUGCGCCGCUCCUCCUUCCCGUCACAGCCGUCCGCACGCUCGCUUUCACCGAGAGCAUCUGGCUGUACGGUGGCCUGGCCGUCUUUGGCGGCUUCACGCUGUACGACGUGCAAAAGGUGCUGCACCACGCGCGUCUGGCACAGGCCGGCUACAUGAAGCGCGAUCCUGUCAAUGAGAGUAUUUCUCUGGAGCUGGACUUUCUCAACAUCUUCAUCCGCAUGGUGCAGAUUCUGUCGAUGAACCAGCGCCGCAAGUAA